GCAUAAACGAAAUAUUGAUUUUCCCGCUCAAAACUCCUGGGGAGGAGGGAAUACUGGAGUGGAGACACUGAGAUAAUUAAUAUCAUAAAACAAACUCCAUUUCCAAAUAUUUUCCAACUUUUCGAGUUCUCUGUCCUCUCACCGUCGCGCUGUGCUGCCUCCGCCUCUUCAAUGUCCGCUCCUCUGCAAUCCGUCGCUGAGCAAGCUCCCUGUGCCGGGCUGGAUAUGAAUCUGAUUCAGGGUGAAAUGAAGAACGACGCUUCCGUCGACUCUCCGACGUCGGUUCUCGGAGAUGAGGAUAAUUGCCAGAACAAUUUGGAAGCUAAAUCUGAGGAAGACACUCUUCAAGAGGGAGGGAUUGGGGAUUCCUCUCUCAUAUCAAAGACAAUGAAGGAGGAGGAAGAGAAGUUGUUGAACUACAGGGAGAAAGAAGAAGCAAAAUCAGAAGAGCAGGAGGCACCUCAUUUGAAUGAUUCUCAGUUUACCAAGUUGGAUGAGCUUCUUACUCAGACACAGAUGUACUCGGAGUUCUUACUGGAGAAGAUGGAUGAAAUCACACAUAAUGGCGGGGAGCAAGAGGAUGAAACUGUUGAGAAAAAGAAAGGCCGCGGUUCAAAGAGAAAAGCUGCUGCAGGUUGUAAUACGAGAAAAGCCAAGAGGGCCAUUGCAGCCAUGAUUACCAGAUCAAAAGAAGUAGAAAGUGCUGAAGAUGCCAAUUUGAGUGAAGAAGAUAAGGUUGAGAAAGAGCAGAAGGAGCUGGUGCCAUUGUUGACUGGUGGCAAGCUGAAGCCUUAUCAACUCAAAGGUGUCAAGUGGCUGAUCUCUUUAUGGCAAAAUGGGUUGAAUGGCAUCCUUGCUGAUCAGAUGGGGCUCGGGAAAACUAUUCAAACAAUUGGUUUCCUUGCACACCUUAAGGGGGAGGGUUUAAAUGGCCCCUAUUUGAUAAUAGCUCCUCUUUCUACUCUGGCAAACUGGGUGAAUGAGAUUUCAAGGUUUGCUCCAUCUUUGAAUGCUGUAAUCUACCAUGGUGACAAGAAUCAGAGGGAUGAGAUAAGGAGGAAACACAUGCCUAGAUCUAUUGGCCCAAAAUUUCCCAUUAUUGUUACUUCAUAUGAAGUUGCAUUAUCUGAUGCGAAAAGGUUUCUGAGACACUACUCUUGGAAAUAUGUUGUGGUUGAUGAGGGUCAUCGACUGAAAAACUCCAAGUGUAAACUGCUGAAACAUCUAAAGCUUAUUCCAAUGGAGAACAAACUUUUGUUAACUGGAACCCCUCUGCAGAACAAUCUUGCAGAGCUUUGGUCCUUGUUGAACUUUAUAUUACCAGAUAUUUUUCAGUCUCAUGAAGAAUUCGAGUCAUGGUUUGAUCUGUCAGGAAAGUGCAACAAUGAAGACAUGAGGGAAGAGCUAGAAGAGAAGAGAAGAUCGCAGGUUGUGGCUAAACUUCAUUCCAUCCUCCGCCCAUUUCUCCUCAGAAGGCUGAAGGCUGAUGUUGAGCAGCUGCUCCCUAGGAAGAAGGAAAUUAUACUAUAUGCAACCAUGACUGAGCACCAGAAGAACUUCCAGGAUCACUUAAUUAACAAGACACUUGAAAAUCAUUUGCGAGAUAAAGCUAUUAUAGGAGGUAAUGCAUGGAAGCCCUCUUAUUUAUGGUGACUCAUCUGCUGUGAUUAUUGGUAUUGUAAAACUACCAUCGUGUGCUAUGUUUGCUCUUCUAUCAAAUGGGUGCCCUAUUAAACAUCAUGUGAAUGCGUCCGUGGUAGAAAGCGCUCUAUGGUUUCUGUAACUGGCUAAUAUUUCAGGAAAUCUAUUUUGUAGCUUUAGUAAAGAUGAUAAAUUUGGGGUUGUCUGCAUGAUGUGCAAUUUUCAGAUAUUGCACCAUAUUUUGAUGUACUGCAUGAUCAAAAUGUUUGGUUCAGUUAUUUUAAUGUGGUAUUAAUAAUCUUCUCUGUCUAAUCUAAGCUGAAUCUUGUACCUUGCAGCACCUGGCAUGAAAGGGAAGUUAAACAAUUUGGUUGUUCAACUCCGGAAGAACUGCAAUCAUCCAGAUCUCUUGGAGUCAGCCUUUGAUGGCUCAUAUAUGUACCCGCCUGUUGAGCAGAUCGUUGAGCAAUGUGGCAAGUUCAAGUUGCUGGAAAGGUUGCUGAAGCGGUUGUUCGAACUCAAGCAUAAAGUUCUGAUAUUCAGCCAGUGGACUAAGAUCUUGGACAUCAUGGACUACUAUUUUAGUGAAAAAGGAUUUGUGGUGUGUAGAAUUGAUGGUAGUGUCAAGCUGGAAGAAAGACGAAGACAGAUUGACGAAUUCAAUGACAUUAACAGCAGUUGCAGGGUGUUUCUUCUGAGCACCAGAGCUGGUGGAUUGGGUAUCAACCUCACUUCAGCUGAUACUUGCAUACUCUAUGAUAGUGAUUGGAAUCCACAAAUGGAUUUGCAGGCAAUGGACAGGUGCCAUAGAAUUGGCCAGACAAAACCUGUCCAUGUUUACAGGCUAGCAACGGCCCAAUCAGUCGAGGGUCGAAUUCUGAAAAGGGCGUUUAGCAAGCUGAAGUUGGAGCAUGUUGUGAUUGGGAAGGGUCAGUUUCAUCAAGAACGAACCAAGGGUAACACCUUGGCUAACUUGGAGGAAGAGGAUAUACUAGCACUGCUUCGUAAUGAGGAAACAGCUGAAGACAAGUUGAUACAAACAGACAUCAGCGAGGAAGACUUGGAGAUAGUGAUGGAUAGAAGCGACCUUAUUAACAUACCCUCCUUUGACAACAGCAACAAAGGAAACGGUGCUGCUGCUGCUGGAUAUCCUGUUAAGGGGCCUGGCUGGGAGGUGGUUAUUCCCACAAUGACGGGAGGCAUGCUCUCCACCCUCAACAGCUAACAACUCGAGCUAUAAGUUGUAGCGUUGGUUGUACGAGAGGUGCCCUGCACAAGGGGUGUAGCUAAUUUUGGGGCUAACAGAAGUAGAGGGAUACUGCUUUUAUCUUUUGUUGAACAAGCCUCCUGGUGCAUGUUUGUACUAGGCUGGAGCUGUGCCCUUCCAUUUUGCCAUUUUGGGGAUGAUUCGAUGAUGGAUAGCAAGGAUGGUUAGGAAUUGGGAGAUCGAGUUAUAUUUUGUUGAUAGGAGGUGGUUGUCAAAGCUCGUUUUUAGGAGUUGGAGAACUGAACUUCGGAAUAGGAUUUGUUGUUAUUGGAUGGCUAAAGUAAGAUGGCUGUAUAUCUGUAAUGGAUGAUAGAUAUUGUUGUUCGAAAAUGUUGGUUCAUCCAAGGGAAAUGCGUUCUGCUUUCUCUCUGUUAGGCUGGUAGUAAGGACUAAGGAGAAAUAUCAAGCCAACAUGGUUAAAUCUUAGAGAAUAGAUGAUGGGCAAAGUAAACUAUGUUAACUUUUGACACUUAAAAGUUAAAAGUCAAAAUUGUUAAUCACAACAAGGGAAUAGAUGUGUCAGAGCAAAAAGAUUCCAUUGCCGGGAAUCGAACCCGGGUCUCCUGGGUGAAAGCCAGAUAUCCUAACCGCUGGACGACAAUGGAACUGAUAGUGAGAUUAUCACCUAAGAUUAUUUAAAUUAGAUGUGCCUGUCA